AUGAAAGAGCAGCUUCAACGUCUCGAGCUCAGCCCGACGGAUCUCUUAGUGCCACGGCGGCCGCCCGGCCUCAGGUCUAGCACGCCCACGUACCUGGACCCGGCCGUGUUCUCCCGCUUCUUUGUGGGGGAUGGGCCGCAGUCCGCCCACCCUCAUGACCUGCAUCGUACACCCCGACUUAAGACCAUGGAAAAUGUCCGCCUCGCAUGCUCUCUAUCCUGCUACACAACUUUGACUACCAGCCAAGAUGUCGACAGCGACGCACUCGCCCCAGCUCCCUUCAAUGCCAUACAUCCUCGCCCCAGCUUCACUCCCUUCCUCGGAGCGCGGUCUACUAGAUACGGGAACUGGCUAUGCCGUGCGCCGUCGCCUUCGUAG